GGAAAGCAGAGUCUACAACUUUUGACUCAGUCCUCCAACAUCCCUCCCCUGAAAUACAAAUCCAUAUCCUGAGCAAAUGCACCAGCUUGCUCUAACCGAACUCAGUCCUACAAACCUUGGGGCCUAAAGGGCGAUCCAAGAAAGUUUUCCCCUCGCUGUUUCUCCCCCCAAAUCUCAUCAUUCACUUCCACCACCAACAGUGUUGUCUCCUUCGCUCUCGUCAUCUCGCUCAACAACAACAAAAAACCAAAUAUCCGCAUCAAUAUCCAGUUAAGCAAGUUGUGUGCAUAGUAAUAUCGACCAACUCGUUCUAAAUCAAACCUCCACCUCUGAGAGGGAAUCCUACAUUAUUCGAUACACAUCUAUAAAUAAUAGACCAUUUGGAAGAUGAUUUUUUUAGCCGGCCUUCUCAAUCGAUCUUCGUUAUCCUUCAUCCUAGUUUCGGUCGUACGCUUGAUAUCGAUCGUUGCGAUUCUGUUCGCGUUUGCGAUGGAAAUCUACUUGAUCGUCGUCAACAUCCAAGGCGUCCACCGACAUUCGCAUGAUAGCUCGGCUGACUCCGGCAGUCAGAAGCGUGACCUCAACCCCAAGUCCAACAACAGCACUACCAGCCCUAGUGCUUUGUCGCCAUCAACAUCCGCCUGUGGCUACAUUGAUCAAACAAACGUCCCUACCACAUUCGGGGGCGUUCUUUUUUUCGUUCUGGGCCAACUGUUCAACAUGAUCAUUCUGAUACUAUGCCUUCUUUCCGAAUUAUCAUUUCCUCCGUUACCUAAAUUCUUUCAGUUUUUCUUUCCACCACUGGGACAAACGUUUGGAGUCGGUUUUCUAGGCGCCUUAGAAGUGUACAUCUCAUGCACCCUAUUAUCACAUCACAUCAACACGACGUCCCGAGCUUCAUUCUGGAUGCUAUUCAUUGUCGGGAUCAUCAACCUCUUCUUAGGGGUUAUCUUUGGCCGACGGAUCCGGAGCAAGAGGAGCUUGUUGGAUGCCGGCACGGCCUAUGCCAAGAAGACCGCGCACAUCGACGACCUUGAGACUGGUUUCAAUUUUGCGCAGAAGGGCGCCAAGAAGGGUAAAAAGGCCUUCAAACACCUCAAGCCCUCGAUGAUCAGCAGUCCCCAGGGGCCUGCAAGCCGAAACCCUUUCGAGAGCUCCGAAACCAAGUCGAUUCAUCAUCCACUCGAGAUCAGUCGGCCGAUCAUUGACUACAUCCAACAGCGCAAGGCAGCUUCAGCAGCUGCUGCUGCUGACCCAACCCAUCCCGAACAUGCUAUCUCUCUGCCCACCGAGCCGUCGCCGAUAUAUUCAUCCUUCAAAACUAUCAUGUCCGAGCAUUCCAAGAAAUCCAAGGAGACCCUUCACUCAUAGUCUCCUGGCCCUUCACACUCUUGCACUAUUCUGGGCCUUUUCUUCGUUUUGUAACAUCGUCUUUUAUUCCCUUAUAUCACAUUUGUACCAAGCAUAUCAACUUGCAGACAUCGGGAUUCCUAAGAAUCAGUAGAAAAUGAGCAAUCUGUCUUGUUUUCAUUAUUGUUUUGCUCUAAUCUAUCUUGAACCCAUUUGCUAGUAAUACACACGCGGAAACCUAUCACUAUUCAGAAGCGCAACAUUACAUCAAUCAAGUCUGAAUAAGUUUGAUGCCCUCAGUAGUUCGAGAGCCUCAUUUCAAGGCGAUACAGACGAAUGUGACUUGAUCAUUCAAAAU